AUGGCCGAUAACGCGUGCUUUGGAGUGCAUGGUAGUGGGUAUGGCUCCCAGUUGACCUACCAAGCUGGAUGUACCGACCCGGACUACAAGGACAAAAGCUGUCCAGAUAAGAAAGGCAUAGAUCAGCCAUGGAUAGCACUUACCCGCUGUGACGACGACGAAGGUGUCUGGGGCGCGUGUUCACAAGAAGGGAACCCGUCUACGCUCCAACCCGGUUCAUUCUGCAGUUGUACCGAAGUGGCAAAGUUCACACCGACGGCAUUCUCAGACGCUGCCACUCUUGCGCUUUUCGCCUCCUUGCCCACAGGUACCGGCGAGAGCAUCAAGUUCGAGACAGGUCAUGUUCCCAGUGGAGACCCGACUAGCGACUCGUCGCCAGCAGAAACUGGAUCAGCGUCCGCUGGAGCAUCAGGUACCAGUGGCGGUGGCUCGAGUGCAAGUCAGACUGGAAGUCAGACUGGUGCAGGGAGCGCCACACAAGGAGGUUCAGCCUCAGGUUCAGGGAGAAGCGCAACGGCGUCGCGGACGGGAUCAACGAGUAGUGGCACAUCGACCAGCGGUAGCGGCUCGAACAACGGUGGCUCGAAUAACGGCGGCUCAAACAACGGCGGUUCGAAUAAUGGAGGCUCAAGCGAUGGUAGCUCAGGUCUUGCAUCCGGUGCGAAGAUAGGAAUCGGUGUCGGUAUCACAGUCGCAGUCCUUCUCCUCAUCGCCAUAAUAGCAGCAUUCCUACUUCGCCGCCGGAAACGUCGACAAUCUCAAGCUGCUGCUACCGCCACCGAAGUCGAGAAGGGUGACAAGAAGGACGCACCUCUGACGAACGGCGCUGCUGCAGGUCGAACAUCCAACCUGAGUGCCGCCGAUCCACGCAUAUCUGAUGUGACGGGGGGAACUGAAACGACGAACAAAAUGUCGGAGGCCGAUGGGAAGCCUCUAUCAGGCGCUGACAAGCCAGGUGUGACUGAGCUUGAUAGUGGAGCUGUCAUGGAGGUUUCCGGACAGACUGCGCAGCCGUGGGAUCGAGGAGCUGAGCUUGAUGGCAGGCCAUUGAGGAAGCCAUCAAGUCCAAAAGAGUUACCGGGGAGUCUUGCGGCCGAAUCACCUCCGAGUUGGGUGGUUCGAUAG